GAGACGCGACUGAGUCCACAGUGGGUGACACUAUGCACUGAUGCUCGUCCACAUGCAUGCACACGCAUCACUUUCGGCCACCCAAGUGUCCCUAAAGCAGCAGUACAACAGCGACAAAGUAACACAAGUGACCGGCACGAUGGAUGGACAUCAUAAAGACCGCAGAAUGACUCACUUGUGGAUAUUGACUAUUUUGAUAUUAGUCUAACCUCUUGUUUUUGCACUGGAUAACUCUUCCCCCCGAGCUGGAGCUUCUACUGCGGGAUUCUAUUUAUUUGCAUUUCGGAUCUUCCACCCGGCGGCAGGAUUUGUGGACGAAAAACUUCUAAGGAUACGCACAUCAAGCUCUAAAGGAUGGCCGUUAGGUUCACAUCUACCCUCGCAAUAGUUGUAACAUGUUUUACUCAGGUUCUGGGGUCAGGUGUGUUCGAGAUCGAUCUACAUCACUUUGAUAAUUCCAAAAGUUCGCUGGCCAGUGGAAGGAGCUGCGGCGUGAGCGGCUGCAGGACUUUUUUCACGGUUUGUUUGAAGAAUUUCCAAACGGUGGUGACUCCAGGAGGUUGUCUUUUUGCCAAGGCCAGUACACCUGUUUUGGGCACCGACUCGUUCAGCAUGCAGCCGGACUCCAGGUUGCGGUUGCCCCUCAACUUCAGCUGGCCGGGUGCCUUCUCUCUCAUUAUUGAAGCUUGGCAUUCGUCUGCAGAGGAGCCUGGAGAUACCACCCACUCUGAAUUGUUGAUUGGCUCUUUUGCCAUCCAAAGACAGUUGGGAAUAGGGAAUGAAUGGUCCCAGGAUGUGCAGAGCGGGACGCAGACGGAGCUAAGGUACUCAUACCGCUUCAUCUGCAAUGACAAUUACUACGGGGACACUUGUUCCAAAAUAUGCGCUGCCAGAGACGACCUUUUUGGCCACUACACCUGCAAGCCUGAUGGGCAAAUAGCGUGUCUGCCAGGAUGGAAGGGACAAUACUGCCAAGAACCGAUCUGUCUGGAUGGGUGCAAUGAAAAUAAUGGAAAUUGCACAAUACCUGGAGAAUGCAAAUGCAGAGAAGGGUGGCAGGGCGUCUUUUGUGAUGUGUGUAAACUGCACCCAUCAUGUAAACAUGGUACCUGCACUGAGCCGUGGGAGUGCGCCUGUAAGGAAGGCUGGGGGGGUAUCCUUUGCGACCAGGACCUGAACUACUGCACCCACCACAAGCCGUGCGCCAAUGGGGCCACAUGCAUGAACACGGGCCAGGGAAGCUACACCUGCGCCUGCCUACCGGGCUUCACUGGAGUCAACUGCGACUCGGAGGUCAGGGAGUGUGACAGACGGCCCUGUCGCAACGGAGGCAACUGCUUAGAGACAGAGACUGGAUACAGGUGUGAAUGUCCACUCGGCUUUACCGGGCCGCGCUGUGAACAACGUACGCUGACGUGCAAGGACAUGCCCUGCUUGCUUGGCGGCAAGUGUAAAGAGACAGAGAGCGGUCAGAGUUACAUCUGCGAGUGUCCAGCGGGCUACACUGGACUUAACUGUGAGAAGAAAGUGGAUAAAUGCACCUCCCUGCGAUGCACCAAUGGCGGCCAUUGCGUGAUGAACGGCAACCUGCGUGCAUGCAGCUGCCGCGCAGGCUUCACUGGCCUCCGUUGCGAGAUCAACGUCAACGAGUGCAUCACCAAUCCCUGCGCUAAUGGCUCCACCUGCCAAGACCGCAUCAAUGACUACACCUGCUUGUGCUCGCCCGGCUACACCGGACGCCACUGUGAUAGGCCCACUGACCGCUGCGCCUCUUGGAUCUGUCUCAAUGGCGGCACCUGCACUGUCGGCACCAAAGGCCAGCCUUCCUGCCUCUGCCCCACCCAUUACAGCGGCCCUCAGUGCGGGUCUCCGCACGCGCCUUCAUCCAACAGUCCUAACACUGGCUGGGAGUCCGGCGACAAGCUCAACUGGGUGGCUGUCAGCUCGGGCGUCGGCUUGGUGGUAGCUCUGGUGCUCUCCUGUAUGGUCAUCGUGGUCAUGAAACAGGUGAAGAAGCAGAGAAGCAAACAGCAGGCUUCUGAGACCAUGAACAACCUUUCCAAGGCGGAUUUCCAGAAAGACAACGUUAUAUCCACGCUGGAGCUCAAGAAUAUCAACAAGAAGAUGGACUUGGAGGUGGAUUGCUCUAGCGAGAAGUUCAACCGCAAACACAUCAACCAUUUCCACACGGACUAUAAAACCUCCAUGGGGUACAAAGAUGAACAAUGCCUCCUAGAGAAAGAUGAAAACUGUGAAAAGAUGAUAGAACAUAAAAAGCAUCUGAGUAGAAUGUACAGUGAAAGGCCAGAAUGCAGAAUAUCAACAAUAUGUUCCUCCAGAGAGUCCAUGUACCAGUCCGUCUUUUUGAUAGCAGAAGAGAAACAGGAAUGCAUCAUUGCAACUGAGGUGUGAUAAAUGACAGACGUGACCACCAUUUCUUGUGGACUGUUUACAAGCAUGGGGAGGGACUGGGAUAUAUUUAAAUGCAAAGUUGCUGCUCUUGAAAACUUGAUAACUGGACGGAGCCCAAGCGCUCAACGAAUGCAAUAGCACUAAAGCUACUCAACUAUGGAAGAAUGUAAAGACUUUGGAACUGAACGUUGUUCAUCCGGAUGUUUGCGAUUUUAUUUCCGACAUCCGUGUUCAUCUGAAGAUAUGAGGCCUUGAGGCUCAUACCGUAUUUGCAUGUUAACGAGGGUAAGAGGACUUUGUUGAUGCGAUCCCCUCCGGCUUAUUGCAGCAAUCAACACAUGAAAGAAUGUGCAACAAGCGUGGAGGAGGAGUUGGCUUUUUGCCAUUUCCUUUGUGUCCCCUGACGAAAACAAAAACCUGCUCGUCUUCAAGGCGACUGAAAACGGUUCAUUUUUGGUGGUCAGGUUUGAAAAAACAAAAAAAAAUCACAGAAUGUCCAGAAUGCAGCCUCAAACGCAAAGCCUUAUAUAUUUCAGCAAAACAUUUUGCCCCCAGUCUUAUCUUAUCUUGAUUCCUUUGCACAGAAGGGCAAAAAAAGAUGCAAAGCGAUGCAACACAAGAAUUACAUGCAGGGAAACUCAUGAUAAGGCCUUGAUAAGUUUUGAAAUCUUAUGCAAACAA